UUACGUAGAAAACCCGUACCUUUUCGGCACGCUCGCAAGUGGUACUUCAUUUGUAUGUACGCUGACAAUUUCCGCGCCGUUAUAGGUACUAAGGCAAGGUCGGGUCCGAAGCCGCUGGUAACGGAGUGAAACCCUUCUUUUUCCACGCUCUCAAAAUCUUGUUCUCGAACUUUACUCAAACAACCUUUCAUCUUUAGUUCCUAACCUCCGUCGAGUGGCCGAUUGUUGAGAUAAGCUCUCUCGCCCGAGCUCUCCGACCGUUUAGGGAUCUUAUCCCGUCCCGUUUAUAUAUCCUUCUACUCGCAACUGACAGCCGCCUCCUCGUACCUGGAGAGCUCGGGGCCAUGUCGACCACCGUUGGCGCCUUCAUCGCUGGUGGCAUCGCGGCUUGCGGCGCUGUUACCGCGACACACCCGUUUGAGACAGUUAAAAUUCGCAUGCAGUUGCAAGGCGAACUUCAGAACAAGGGCCACCAGCCUCACCACUACAGAGGACCGAUCCAUGGCGUGAGCGUCAUUGUACGCAACGAGGGUGUUCGUAAAAUCUACCGCGGUAUCGGCGCUGCCUACAUCUACCAAAUCCUCCUCAAUGGCUGUCGUCUGGGCUUCUAUGACCCCAUGCGUAAUGCGCUCGCGAAAUUCAUCUUCAAAGACGGAAAUGCCCAAAAUCUGGGCAUCAACAUGUUCUGCGGUGCAGCUUCGGGAGUUAUCGGUGCCGCGGCUGGCAGUCCAUUCUUCCUUGUGAAGACCCGUCUUCAGAGCUUCUCGAAAUUCAGGCCGGUUGGUACUCAGCACCAUUACACGGGCGCAUGGCAUGGCUUCAAAUCUAUUUACAGUACCGAAGGCAUUGGUGGUCUCUAUCGUGGUGUGCAAGCUGCUAUGAUCCGAACUGCCUUUGGUAGCUCAGUUCAGCUUCCCACAUACUUCUUUGCGAAACGCCGUCUGGUUCGCCAUUUUGGUAUGGAGGAGGGUCCCGGUCUGCAUCUGGCUUCUAGCGCUAUCAGCGGUUUUGUCGUCUGCUGUGUUAUGCAUCCUCCUGACACUGUCAUGUCCCGUAUGUACAAUCAGAACGGUAACCUUUACACAAGCGCCGCCGACUGCUUCGCAAAAACCAUCCGCUCCGAGGGUAUUUUUGCUCUAUACAAGGGAUUCUUCCCUCACCUUGCGCGAAUUUUACCUCACACAAUCCUUACUCUCAGCUUAGCUGAACAGACUAACAAGCUUGUACGCAAGAUCGAGGGCCGUAUUCUACCUAGCAGAAUGGACAUGGCAACCUAG